GGCAACACUCAUAUAAGCAAAAGUCAGUUCUCGGCGUGAUCAACUCGGUGUGUCUUGUUUCUGUUUCUUUUGUUUACGUUUUAUUAUUUAUUUUAUCGUUUUUUUACGUGACUUUUGAAAAUCGUAGUUGCUUGACACAGAUAUUGAGUGCAGUGCAGUGAUUAACGUAAAGAGUUAAAUUAUUCAGCAUUAUCAUUUGAUUAAGUCAUCGAUUUGGUUUUGUUAUUUUGUGAAUAAUUUGUUUUCGUUUUGGAUUGUGUGUACCUAUGGACUUUAUCUGAAAGACUAUUAAUUUGUGUAUUUAUAUUCAGUAUGAUGAUCCUUGAAGGAGCGACGCGAUUGGCUGAUCAAACGCAACGAUGACGUAACCACUGCUCUUAUUGGCGCAGAGACGUCAACUUUGCCGGGAUUGGUCGAAAAUGUCCGGUCUGCAGGCUAGAAACGAAGAAUCCAUCAAUGGAGUUGACGUCAGGGAGCAGGGAAGUGCUUUGAGGGUGGCGACCAACACUCCUCACCUGGUGAGCCUGGGGACCGGCCGCCUUAGCACUGCCGUCACGUUACACCCCAUCAAACAGGGCCGCGUGACGAUAGGCUCGGAUCCGACAUGCGACAUGUACGUGGUCGGCACGGGCGUGGCGAGCGUCCACUGCCGCGUGGAGAACUCGCACGGCGUGGUCACCCUGUACCCGGUGAGCGGCUGCACGCUGCUGGACGGGCUGCCGGUCGACAAGCCCACCAGACUCUCGCAGGGCAGCAUGCUGACCAUCGGGCGCUCCAACUACCUCCGCUUCAACCACCCGGCCGAGGCCAAGCUGAUGAAGUCAGUGCUGCCCUCCGCGCACGUCUCCAUGGCGCCUGUACAGUUCACACCCAACGACCAGUGCUCGCAACCUGUUUACAUGAACCAUCACUCCGAGCCAACCAGCCAGUGUUACCAAACGAACUUCCAGAAAAUGUACAAAGACCACACUCUCUCACAGCUCGACCAGGAAUUAGACAUGACGCUCAAAGACCUCUCCAAAAAGAAACCACCAGUCGCCCCCAGGAAACCCUACCUCGACUCGAGAGAAUCAGACUCCAAUUCCGACCAGGAAACCAAGCCCAAAAUGUCCAGUAUUAUGGCCAAAGUCUCAAAGUUCGAAUACUACGCUAAGCAACAGAAAGUUGGUCGAAGCCAAUUCUACACCUCGAAUGAAAACGAAAUAUCUCCCAAAGUAUUUAGCUCGAAUUCCCUAACAGUCAACACCCCAGCCAAAGAUGUGUUAGGUGGGAAAAACGUACCCAAUUAUAUUAACAAAACGCAAAAAGUUGUUGUGAACGAAAAUAAUUUGGAUCCUAAAAACUGCUCGUAUGCAAACGUGGCUAUACGCAAUAAGAAAAUCGAUGACAUAGUGCGAAAUUUCGACGACUCUAAAAGCGAUUUUCGUUUGCCAAAAAAAGUGAAUAACGACCAACAGAAUGACAAUAUUUACGGCAGAAUCAACAGAUGCGAUCAAAACGAUAAGAACAAUGUGGAAAAUGCCAAAAACAAUGCAGAAUCGGCGAAAAAUAACACGGACGCUAAGAAUUUGGACAUCGUUCUAGAACAAUCUAUAAACGACGCGUAUGGGAAGAUAUGUGAGCGCGGGGUGGGCAAAUGCAUCAGGCUGCCUUCGCCGGCGUUUGAUAGGAACCCUCAAUAUUCGCCGGUGUACGCCGCGCCGUAUGACAGGAGCUUGGACGCCGAAAGCAAGCGAGUGAAAGCGUACCAGGAGAGGAUAAAGGAGGAAGAGCAGAAGGAGGCGGAGACGGCGCGACUCGAGGAGAUCCUCAACAUGUGCGCGGAGUACGAACGGCAGAUCGCGUCUGGCCAUCCGAUGUCGCCGACGGAGAAGCGUCCCCACAACAAGAUCAUCACCAACGGCUCGCUGCCGCGCAGCGUCGCGCUCAACAACCCCAACUUUGUGCAAACCAGCGAGGGAUACUACAAAUUCGAUACUAGUCACAACCGUAACAACUCCCUCAGCCAGUCUCUGCCCAUACAGAGAAACCUAUCUAGCUACGAGAAUUUCGAGCCCCAUUCGCCUCACGAACCAACUACCCCCGAAGUGACCACACGACACCAAAGCAACUACGAAAACAUCGGCCGAAUGGACGAAAUAGGCAUUCCCGUCUUCGAAUCACCCAUGAAAGAGUUAUCUAGUCCUAUUAUGAUAAGAAAAAUACAUAACCAAAGUAAUGAUCGAAAUAAAACGUCCCCUGUAGGUAGCCCUUACGAAAACAUGUACUAUAAUAGAAAUAAUUACACGCUUAAACCGAAAUCUCCUAACACACAAAGCCCUAGGACUAGAAUUAAAACUACGUUUGCUCAUAAGAAUCUACCAUCGCCUCAGUAUUUCAUAUUCCCCACGCCCCCGCCUAAAGAUAAUGAUAACAAACCUGAUUUUACUAAAGAAAAUAAUAAAGAUAGUCCUAAAGAGAAUAAUAAUGACGAUUCGAAGACUAAAUUCGGUGGUAUUGAGAAACAAUUGAGUUUAGAAGAAGAAAUACCAAUGAUAGAUGACACUGAUGUAACUAAUGACAUAGAAUUUAGAUAUAGUAAAGUAAUAGACAAACAAGAUGAUUCACCGAAACUAGAACCAAAUCCGGUCGCAGAAGAAAAAGAAUACAGUCUGACAAAAAAUCAGAGUUUCGAUGACGUGAAAAAAGAAUUGAUGGCAGACAUACCAGAGUUGGAGGAAUUCGAGAAUGAUUUGAAGGAAAAAAAGGAAGAGAAAUUAAUUAAACACAUCACAGAAGAAGUAAGAAAGAUCGAUGUCGAAGCUGAUUCUAUUGAAAGCACGGUUUUGGAUGACAACGUCGACGAGCUGAAGAGUAAAUACGAUGGUUUGAAGGAAGAACGGAAGAAACUGGUGACUGAAAUCCACGAUAUCAAAUGUAAGAUGUCCGAAAUCAGAACUCAAGAGGACGAUAUACUCAGAGAGCUUGAAAUGGAAAAAGCUUUGAUCAAAGGCGAGUACGAUUCAGAAAUAGCGAUACUGAACAUCGAACAGAAGAAGAGGAUGGAGUUGACGGAGAAAGCGAGGAAGAUAGAGGAAGAGAUCAAGCUGAUGAAAGAGAAGCAGGAGGCGCGGCAGAGCGAGAUGCGAGAUAGAGUUGAAAUUGCUACCACUAAGGUUGAGAGGUUGGAAAAAGAUCUGAAAGACAACGCGGCGACGUUAGAAGAGCUGCAAAACGCGCAGGACAUACUCGACAACGAGACCAAGAUAUUUGAGGAUCUGGAGUUUCAGCAUUUGGAGGAGGAGUCUGAACUGUUGGCAAACCGCGAAGAUCUCCAAAACGAAAUAAUGGUAUUAUCUAAGAAAAUCGAGGCUCAGAAAUCAAGAAUCCUCAUAUUGAAAUCUGAAGCUAACAGUAAUCUCACAUCAGCCUUAGACGAAACUAAAAUAUUACGCGCAGAAUACACUAGACUUUUAAACCGAGUCGAAGAGCUUACGGGCAAAGUCCAAACGAUAGAGAAAGAGCUAAAACCAAUAGUUGCAAAGUUAAACUUCAUAGAAAGAACGCAAUCGCCAGAUAGUGCAUUCUUUACUGAUAUGACGAGAGCAAAGUCAGGCGAAUUCGGUUACUCCCCGCAAACGUCUGACAGUGACGAUUUAGAUCUAAAUAAAAUAUCCGAAGAUCACACGAAACAGAUCAAAGACAAGUUCAACUCUAUAGAUCGAAUGUCGCAGUCUAUGAUUGUCGAUAUCGAGAGGAGAGUCGGAGAUGUUGUCGAUGACAGAACCAGCGAAAGUCCGUCUAAGUCUUCAACUUCUUCAAAGGAGAAGAAAGGAUUUUGGGAGAGGAACUUCGAUUCGCUAAAAAGGAAGAAGAAGCAGAAAUCGCCAGAGAAAGUAGAUAUCAUGUCGCAGAGUCUAAACGAAAAUAUGUUUUACAAUAACGAAAAUAUAGAAAAUGAUCUGGAUAGGUUUAGCAGUUUGCGAAAUUCUAAAAAGAAGAAAGAUAAUAAUGUUGGCCCAGUCAAAAGUAAUUCCUCAUCCAAAAUUCCAACUUUCGCUGCUUUAGGUAAAAUAAUAAAAAAAGAUUCAUUCGGUAAAAGAUCUAGAGAUAACACUAUUAAGAAUGACGAAGUAAAUGAAAAUAACAUUAAAAACCGUUACGUUAAAAAUCCUAAACCUGUGUCAGCUGAAAAUAAAUACGUCAAAGCAAAAUCGUUAUCUCCAGACAAAAUAAAUAAAGAUGAAGAGACGAUAACAGAAGAAACCGCAGACGAAAUUAACGCUCACAAAUUGAACGUGACAUUCGAUGUUAUACGACAAAAUUCGAUAGACGAAAAACCUGGUAAAAUUAUGCACAGAAAAAGUUGUGGAGACGAACCCAAUGUGAAAAGUUUAGAGUUUAAAAAGAUUGCGGAUUCUGGUAAGAUUCCUUCGCAAGACGAUAUCGAUAGGAUAUCCAAAGUGACGAUCGACGCGCCGAUAUUGUCGAGUGAUACGGACAUGAAUUCUUUGGGGAAACGGACUCUGGACAGUCUGAUGGAGAUCGAAAGGAAGAGAAUGGAGAUGUUGGAAGAGCAAGGUUGCCAAGUAAUAGAGAACGAACGCGAAAAGAUCUCCGAACUGAAGAGGCGUGUCCAAGACGAAACCAAAAAGUUAUGGGAUCAGAAGUAUCGCGCCGAACAAUCUAGGUCCGUGGACAGCGACAGCCUGCCCUACGACGGGAUGGGUGACCGCAGCAUCGUGGAGGACAGCUUCGAUGACUCUUUCAUGAUGAACUCAACCAUUUUUGAAGAGAAUUCCGCUCUCGCGUCGUCUUCCAUCGAAGAGCUGCAGGUGGGUCCCCGCGCAGAGUCCACGGAGGAUGACAAGCGCAGCGACGACAGCCGGCCGCUCAGCCGCGGCUCUGACUUUAGCCGCGAUAAUAUUCUGUCGCUCAGCCACGCGCCGCGCCGCAGCCGCCGCGGCAUCGCGCCCUACAGCGAGCUCCAGCGGCCGCUCACGCGGUACUUGCCCGUUGAUAGAGAUGACUUCGACCUGCGACGCCACGUCGAGUCUGCUGGCCACCAGCUGGAGGUGUGCCCCUACGUGAGCGUGAGCGCGACGUCGUGUCGCGGGUACCUGCACAAGCUGGGCGCCACCUUCCACACUUGGUCCAAGCGGUGGUUCGUUUUCGACAGAGAAACGAAGACGUUCAUUUACUACUGGGACAAGAGUGAGAAGAAGCCGCGCGGCGGAGCCUACUUCCAGGUGAUCGAAGAAGUGUACCUAGACCACGGCAACACUUCCCGAUCGCCGAGUCCGCAAACCACCUUCAUCGUGAAGACGAGACAGCGGCGCUACUACCUCAUGGCGCCGUCGGGCGAGGCGGCGCGCAUCUGGAUCGACGUCAUAUUCACCGGGGCACAGGGCUACACGGAAUACUUGGAGUGAAGUGUCACUGUCAUUUUAUUUCGAAAUGUCACUGUUACUUUAUUGUGAUUGAAAAGUCAAUCGAUAUUUACAUCGUAUCUAGAUUUUUUCAUUUGCUUGUAUUUAGAUCGAUGUUAUAUUGGUUGGGGCACGCGAAAAACGUAGAUUGAAAAAAGAAGUCAUUUUUCUAAAAAAAAGUUUAUGACAAUAUGUAUGGUUGAGUCAUGUCUCCACCCUCUUCCCAAUCGGAAAAUUAUGCGCGAACUUCCUAAAGCGCAGGAAGUUCGCCGUAAUACGAGGGCUGCUAUUUAUGUAUCCGGAAUAACAAAAUUAAACAAACAUAUAUUAUUACAUAUGGUUUUAUUGUUUCUCGAAGUAUUCUCCGCGAUGAUCUAUGCACUUCUGCAUACGAUGAAACCAAUUUUCAAAGCACUUUUUCCAUUCUGAUUGAGGUAUGUCCAAAACGUGUGUUUUGAACGCAUCAACGGCCUUUCGCGGCUCGAAAAACGUUGACCACGUAAUUUAUUUUUAAUGUUUGGAAAUAAAUAAAAAUCAUUGGGUGCCAGGUCGGGGCUGUACGGCGGAUGACCCGUCAAUUCAAUCUUUUGACCCUCCAAAAAACUAUUUGUUUCAGCCGACUUGUGGCAGCUAGCAUUGUCGUGAUGAAGUAUGAUUCUGCGUUGUGGGUUGUUCUUUCGUAUUUUUUCAAAGACUUCUGGCAAACAAAUGGUGGUGUACCAUUCAGAAUUAACCGUCCUACUAUUCUCUAGUGGCACUGUAGCUACAUGUCCGUUGAUACCAAAAAAACAAGCGACCAUUUGCUUUAAAGUGCUUCUCGCACGAACAACUUUUGUUGGAUUCGGUUCAUCUUGAAAGACCCACACCGUUGACUGCUGUUUAGUUUCAGGGUCAUAAGCAUAGAUCCAGGUUUCGUCACCUGUGUAGAUAUUAUAAACAGCUUUUGACGUGCCACGGUUGUAUUUUUUUAUCAUUUUCUUACACCAGUCGACACGAGCCUGUUUUUGAUCUACGCUCAAGUUGUGCGGAAUCCAACGCGAACAAAUUUUUUUAACAAUUAAAUGUUCGUGUAAUAUCGCGUGUAUACUCGUCAUACUAAUGCCCAGAGACGCCUCUAUCUCGCGGUAUGUAACAUGACGAUCUUGCAUUACUAAUUGUCGCACAGCAUCAAUAUUUUGUUGUACCACUACCGAUUUAGGACGACCCUCCUUAAUUUCAUCCGUGAGCAUAGACCGUCCACGUUGAAAUUCCUUAAACCAAUAAUACACAGUGGUUUUCGAUGGUGCUUCAUCUCCAAAAGUUAAAAUCAGUUGUUCGAUGCACUGUUUUUGAGUUAAUCCACGCCGAAAAUCAUAAUAAAUCAUCGCGCGAAAAUGUUCACGAGUUAAAUCCAUGGCAAUGAAGACAAGCUAUUUUCAAAAUUGGCGCCAAUUGAAAAAAACAAAUGACAGGGACAUGAAAAAUAUUUAUUCUCUAGCCGAAGAGUUCUAUUUUCAAAUGUUGUAAUUAGUUUUUAAAUAUUCUAGAAUUAUUGGCCAGUUCCGGAUACAUAAAUAGCAGCCCUCGUACAUCGGGCCCACUUCGAGCGGUACGACAUUGUCUAAAAGUUCCCUAUGCUCAUCCCCGUACAGGAGGCACUCCCACAAUGCAUGAUGCAUAUCCUCAGUAAUUACUUCCUCGCAGAAGCAGUGGAUUGAAAAAGGCCCUUUUUUUGUUUACGCAGAGGGGAUUUACGCACUGAGUGUGGGACUCCCGGGCCGAGUGCCCGGACUACCCACUAAACCCCCCUGCGGCGUUUCCGCUCCGGCCGUUAGUGGGGGCGCCAUGGGAUCGUGAACAUUCUACCACGACGCCCCCCGGCGUUGCCUCGCGGCAUCGACCAGUGAGCCGCACGCCAUCCAGUCCGGAAGCAGACCGGAGGCAGCGUUUCUCCGUCUUAUUCGGCCGCAGAGGAUAGGGACAGCGGCGCACCGUAAUACCGGCAGUCCUCCUCCUCUGCGGCCCCACCGACCACUAUGUUUGCGCCAUGGCCGCGCCUGGUCGCGGAGGAUGGGGAGAGCGGCGCACCGUAAUACCAACACUCCUCCUCCCCCGCGACCCCUACCACGGCUGUGAGAGUAGAGGGCUUAGACCCCUUCUCUCAUAAUCACUGAGCCAAUAGGCUCUCCGACCUGGGUUACCCGAUAUGGGUACCAACCAACCAGGUUGCCAGGACAUUUGCCAACGGCUAGAAGCAGUGGUCCUUUUCAGACAGCUUCACGCGGUGAAGUCUCCCCCUGAAACAACCGUGGCCGGUUACAAUUUCAUAAUCCAGCUCCACCCAAGUUGCCUUGAGACCAGCCGCCACAUCCGGGAAAAACCGCUGUCUGUCUCCCGUCAUUCGAUGCGUCCCAACGCGACUGCACUGCAGAGUUACAUACAUUGAGUUUAGCACUCUGGAGCCCCUACCUCUUGGGUGAAGUCGAUGUUAGACUUGCCGUUCGCAGUUUGGAAUGUCCAUUCCUCUCCUUCCUUUUUGGUGAUGGUUAGAUUAGACCGACCAACCUGAACACUGUCCAGUGCGCGUUCAACAGGUGGGCCAGGAAGACUCACGCGAUGUCCUCCCGACGAAUGUAAAUAUACGCUCCAGCAUCCGGGCCGCCGCUCUGCAGGACCGGUGUACUCCAGCUGAGUCGUGGGAUAAUGUCCAAUUCCUGCGACUCCUGGGGUAGCUCCAAGGUGGCAAGCUCCCCCCUUGCCAAGUUCACCUGGCCUAUCUACAAUAUGGCCGUACUAUCCAUGUUGGGACGCCAGUUCCGCCAUCCGGCGCUCGUAGCUCACCCGAGCUGGGCACUCUCUGGCGCCUGUCUCGUGGCUAUUUCAGUCUCUCCUGCCGAAAACCUUGCACGUGGCGCAAAUCCUAUCGCCCUUCUCCUGGGGGCAGGCGGUAUCUUCGUGCCCCAAUACGCCACAUUUAGUGCACGUGGGGCUCUCUUGUCGGCAUUUCUUUGUUGGGUGCCCGUAUAGCUGGCACCUGGCGCAUCGGAUCGCCACGGUGAAAUCGUCGACGCUGCAGACGUCCCAGACCCUCCUCGGCUAUGAGUGCCAGAUGACUAAUUAUCUCCAUGAUGGCACUUAGGUGCCUGUCGAUGGCAUUCUCGUCAUUCUUGUUUAGCUUCGAGUGGUUGUCACCCGCCACCGCAGCUACCCUCGAGCCUCAGCUUGUGGCCGCACUGGCCGGGUCGGGCGCCAGCUCCGCCACAGCUCGCGGCCCACACAGCCCGGACGUGGCAGCUAUUUUACGAUUUCUAGAAUAGAAAUGGUAUAUUAAUGUGCAGAGUGAUAAGUUAUUUUGUUGUGUGCAAUGCAAUAUGGUAUUAUAAUGUACAUCACUAUUAAACUUAUAGUUGUGGUGUGUGUGAGUUGGUCGAAGGAGCUGGCAUGUAUAUUAUUUCUCUGUCACAAAUAUAUAAGCGCGAAAGAGACAGUAUGAUGUAACAGCUCUUUUAAGCUAACAUAUAAAAUGGAUCGCGUGAUGUCAAGUACAAUUUUGUACAUUAUUUUUAAGCAUAACAUUAUAUUAUCUAAUAUGUAGCUAUCGCUAUGAAAUAUUUAUAAAACGACAAUAAAAUCCGUGCCAAUCAAUGAGUCCGUAUCGUGUAAAAACGUACGGGUAGCUAUUUUUAUACAUUUUAAACAUAAUUUGAAUUUAUCGGUGCCUUGACUAAGACUGAUAAAACAUGCAAUUUUGCAUACAACUUACAUCAUAUAUUCCAAAAGAUUAGAUGUACGAGAAAUCUUGUAUUUUUAUAGUAGGUAAUAAAACUUACAAUUUUUAUAGGAUACACACUUUGAAAACUUAAUUUUGCACGCUUACUAUGGAAAUAUAAUAUGUUACCAAUAUGUAUUUUGAUUAUGUAAUUAAUUAAUAUAAUAUUUGAGUUUGUGGUGUAUUUGGCUCAUUUCUCGUCACAUAUUUACGUGAAUGCGUCUUUAAACUAAGUAUCGUAUCAACGAUAUAUUUUACUAAAACGGUGACUAUAAUUCUCAGAAGUGCUCAGUUACCAUUAAAAGAAAUUGUCCAAAAUGUAGCAAAUUUGUUUAAAAGUUGUCAAUUAUAAGUAUAAUAUAACUGUAAGUACAAAAUCGUAAUAUUUUCAUUACGGGCGAUAUACCAGUGUAAAAUGCUUACAACUCGUUAUAUAAGUUGUAUGGUUUGUAUAGGUUAACUGCUGAAUACCAUUAUUUUUAAGGUCACAUUAACCAACCGAAUAAAAUUAUUGUAUGACGAA